AUGAGCGGAGCGAAGCGUAAGACUUGCAUGAGAGAGGAAAUGUCAUUGAUUAUCCCUAAGAAGCAUGGACGACGUUCGCGUAACGUUAGGGAAGAAUUGGAUGAUUUGCGACAGUGUGCUGAGCUGGUAGACGCUUUACGUAGCUACAGGACUGCCGACAAUCGGAUACUGUGUGAAAGUUUCAUUCGUGCACCAUCUCGCCGCACGGAUCCAAAAUAUUUUGACGUUGUUACACAUCCGAUUGAUUUAACAAGGAUUCAACAGAAAAUUAAAACCGAAGAGUAUAGUACAGUCGAGGACCUUUCAGCAGAUAUCCGUCUGUUGGUCAAUAACAAUAAGACUUAUUACAAGGAGGGCAGUCAAGAGUACAAAGAUGCUUGUGAAUUAUGGGAAUUAUUUGAAUCACAGAGGAAAGAAAUGCUUGCAACUACUUCCGUUGCAGAAAUGGAAGAACAGUUCGGCCAGGAGGAUACAAUAAUUGAGGCAAAACAUGAUGUGGUUCCAACUAAUUUACUGGAAGAAAUCAUUGUCUGCACUCUGGAGCUCACAGAUGAAACUGGCCGUUUGCUCAGUCCACCUUUCCGUGUUUUACUUUCUCAAGAAGAAUUUCCUACUUAUUAUGAUCGAAUCAAAAAACCAAUUGAUCUCAAACAAAUAACGAUAAAGAUUCGCUCUGGCGAAUAUCGUACUUGGCAACAGUUUGAUGCCGAUUUUCGAUUAAUGUGUAAAAAUGCAAAAGCCUUUAACGAAUUGGGUUCGGUGAUUAGUAAGGAUGCUUCUAUGUUGCUGAAAAAUUACGUGAAACGUAAGGCAGAAUUAUGUAAUUCCAAACACAAGCCAUUGACAAAUAAAAGGAUCAAUGCAAAUAAGCAAGUUCUGGAUGAAUUGUUAACGCAGGAUGCUACAGCUAAUUCGAGUGAAGAAUAUUCAGAAGAUUCAGAGGAAGAUGAAGAUUCGGAACGUAGCAGUGAAGCAAAAUGGGUACUGUAUUGGACAGUUCGUAAUGUACCCAAUCCAUUUGAUCCAGAAACUAAUUUAGCAGAUCCAUUUUUGAAGUUACCGAGCAAAAGCUGGUAUCCAGAUUAUUUUGACGAGAUUUCGGAGCCCAUGUCUCUUUUUAUGAUAAAUAAGAAGCUAAAACGUGAUGAAUAUCGUACAUUGGAAGAGCUUCUGAAGGAUAUCGUGAUCAUUUUUGAAAAUGCCAAGACGUAUAACGUUGAAGGUUCAGAUAUUUAUGAAGCGGCGGCAAAGCUAGAAAGGCUGGCAAAAUCUAAGGCUCGAAUGUUGCAAAAAACCAUUAAAGCAAACGAAACUGAAGAAAAGAUAUUUAAAAAAAGCGGACAAUCGCCGACUGUUACCCGAUCUGUCUGGAAAAAAUUGCAAAAAAUAGGAAGAUCAGCAUCUACGGGAUCUCCAGGUUCUGGCUCUAAGCCAGAAUCAUCCGGUGUUAUAUCGUCGUGUGUUGAAAGCUCUGAGUUUAGAAGACGAGGAAGUGGCCGAGGGUGGGAUGAUGAAAUGUUAACAGCUUUUCGGACCAAAUUGACAAGUUUAUGGAACGCUGUUUACGAUCAUAUGGAUGGUAAACGACGUGUUGCAACUGCGUUUGUGUUCCUACCAUCAAGAAAAGAUUAUCCAGAAUAUUACGAUCAUAUUGAAAAACCCAUUGACUUAACUACGAUCAAGCACAAAAUUGAAACUGAUCAGUACACUUCAACUAGUGAUUUUAUGAAAGAUAUGGAUUUACUUGUCCACAAUGCUUGGGAUUUCAACGAGCCUGGUUCACAAAUUUAUCGCGAUGCAACAACGCUACAGUCUGUUGUGCGCAAUGCGCUUGGUGCAGUUUCAGCGUUACCAGUCUCCAAUUCUAAAUAUUGUAAAAGCAAAAUUAGGUUGAUGAAGCCGAAUUUACCGAAGAAGCGUAAACACUGUGGUGGAGGUGGUGAAAGUAGUAGAUGUAGCGAUCUUGAUCUUGAAAGUGACCUUUCUCGUGGAUCAAAUAUGUCGGUAUCUGAGGCCUUUCUUUCACGCAUGAAUCUUUCGGACAAUCUUCGUUCUGCUUCACCUUCUUGUAGUACUGUAUAUACGAACAUGACGCCUGCAGCAUCGCCUAUGAAUGUUGCCAAAACGGGUCGUGGUACUCCGCGGAGGAUGUUUGGGCCUACUUCUGAAUUCGAUUUCGAUAAGAUCAAGUUGUAUGAAUUAUAUAAUCUCAUAAGGAAUCACAAAGAUGAACGCGGACGUGAACUAUCACUUCCAUUUUUACAAUUGCCAUCGAAAUUUGAUUAUCCUGAUUAUUAUGAUGUAAUCCGUAGACCAAUUGAUCUUACAAAAAUCCGGAAUCGAAUCACGUCAAAUUAUUACGAUUCAACUGAUGCUUUAAUUAGUGAUUUCAAUUUGAUGUUCGAUAACGCCUGCCGUUAUAAUGAACCGGAGAGCAUGAUUUAUAAGGACGCACUUUCACUGCAAAAACUAAUUUUGUUAAAAAAGCGCGAUUUAUGCAAAGAUAGCGCAUCAGCAAUAAAUGUACAGUCGGGAGUUCGAGCUCUUCUUGCCUCAAUUCUUAUUUCAGUUAACAAUCAUCAGGACUCUGAUGGCCGGUGUUUCUCCGAUUCGCUGGCUGACUUACCAGGAAUAUUACGGAGAAAAGGCAUUGAUUCAGAGAACAUUCCAUUUUCAAUUGAUGAAAUGAAAAGAAAUGUUGAUAAGGGUCGUUAUCGUCGAUUGGAUAAGUUUCAAGACGAUCUCUUUUUUUUGUUCAAUAUAGCAAUGGAACAUGCUCAUUCCGAUUCUCAAGUUUUUGAAGAUACGGUCGAGCUUUGGAUGUAUUAUCUGAAAACGCGUGAUGAUCUUACACGUUCUACGCUGCUAUCUCCUGCUCGUUGGUAUACCGAAAAAAUGCUGUUUACGCAUGUGGACAACAUUCGAAAACGUAAAUUGUUGGAAGAAGCGAAAGAUGACGAGGAAAAUAAAAAGUCUGAGACGUUGGGGCCAAAAGCGGAUAGUGACAUCGUCCUAGAUUCAGCUGGACAAGGUGGGAUCAUUUAUCGAGUAAGUGAUUAUGCAUACGUAGCACCAGCAAGUGAAGAGACAGUCUCACAACGGCAUAUUAUGAGAAUUGAACGAUUGUAUCGUGAUAGUGAUGGACAAACGUUUGCGCGUGGUACUUGGUGUUAUCGACCGGAAGAGACAUUUCAUUUAGCUACCCGAAAAUUUUGUGAAAAUGAAGUAUUCCUCACAUCCUAUUACGAUACAGUAACAGUGGAUCGUCUUGUUGGAAAAUGUCACGUUAUGCCGAUUCGACAGUUUAUGAGACAAAAACCAAAAGGCUUUGAAGAUAGUGAUAUAUACGUAUGUGAAUGCCGUUAUAUGGGUCGACAGUUGCACUUCAAGAAAUUGAAACACUGGCCAUACCAAUCGGAAGACGAAAAAGUGGAAUAUGUAAAACGAGAGAAACCUCUAACAGUAAUAAAACGUGUCACAUCAGUGUUUGCAAGUCGGAAAGCAUUUCAGACUCAUCCAGGUGUGGUAGUCGGCACAAAUGACGAUGAAUCAGUUGAUUCCGUUUCAUCUUUGGAGGACGAUCGUCUGAAAAAAUUACCAGCAGUAUUGGAGAAGGAAAGAGUGGAAGUUGUAUGUAGUGAUGUGCCAGAAGUUGCCAAUAAAUCGACGACCUUUUACGAACAAAUGCAAUACAACGACCGUUGGUAUCAGUUAGGAGACUUCGUCUAUGUGUAUAAUCCUUUGAAAAAUCGAAAUGCCAUACUACGGGUUGAUAAAUUGUGGAAAACAGUUGAAGGUGAUGGAUUUUUCUCUGGACCGUAUUUUGCACAUCCUCGCGAAAUCAAACAUGAACCGGCACGAAUGUUCUAUAAAAAAGAAGUAUUUGCCGUCGACCAGCCGGAUAUAACUAUUCCAUUGGAAAAUGUUCAAGGAUUUUGUGCAGUCAUGCCUGUUAAAGAAUACACCAAAGGACGACCAACGGAAAUUGAUGAAUCUGAUGUAUAUGUUGUGGAAAGUAAAGUACGGGGUUAUGAAUAUGGUGGGAAACGGUGCAGUUUAACAGGUUGCAAAUCUUCGCACAACACAUCAAAAAAUGUUGCAAAUGACUCCAUAGCAGGAUCGACAAAUGAGCAAAAGACAUCACUUAAAGCUGAUAUGGAUCACUUACCGUCAAUAACAAAAACGACAGAUUUCCAUUCGAAUGUUCCAUCUACUUCUAAAGGCGUUGUCGAACAGCCUGGUAUUAUUACGAAACUGGGAACUAUUUCGAAUUCGUUCUCGAAUAUCUCUGUAGAUGAUGAUAGCAGCAGUGGGUCCAAUCAGGCUGCAGGCACCAUGCGUAACACUCCUACUUCCGUUGAUCAAGAAGAACCCAUGAAUGAUGCAUAUGCUAAAAAACUGAAGCAGUCCUUAAAGGAAGCUGAAGUAAAAGCGUUGAGAUUCUCAAACGGCAACACAACGGCAAAUUUUCGGCACAAACAUUGCGUGUUAACGGAAGAUGUGGAUGGAGGAGAAGGAAAAGGGUCGGUGCUGUUGACGGGUCGUGUAAUCGACAGGAGAAGAAAUUUCGUCAUAGAAAGAGAGAAGGAGAGGGAGAGAAAGGUAGGAAAGGAUGCAAUUGACGAGAAAGAUGGGAAGAGGUAUGUUGUUAACAAUACAACAACUAUCGACGAUGUCCCGGCACAUCGCAUCGCAUCGCACCGCAUACACACUACACCAUACACACAUGUAUACACACACGAGGCCUUCCAUGUGGUGGUAUGGGUGGUGUGUCCAUAG